AUGUCGAUGAUGCCUCCUCUUUCAAAAAGAAGCUGGAUGUCGAAGCUUCCAUGGCAAGUCCUUGACCUUGUUUCUAACCAUCUCGACCCUAAAACCCUAGCCACAGCCUGUUGCAUCUCCAAGACAUGGUUCACUUGCAUUUCCUCCGACCAUAUUUGGCAGCCCAUUUGCACCACCCAUUUCCCUUCUCUCUCUUAUAACCUCAAGCUCAUCAACCCCGCCCUUCCCUACUACCGCCUCUAUGCCAUGGCCUCAGCCGUCGCCAAACGCCGCUCCCGGACCCCCUCCAAGCCCUCCCUCACCCUCCACGACCUCAUCUUCACCAUCAACAUCUUCAGCCACAACAAAGUUCUCUUCAGUCUUGAAAAACCCGGGGACGAGCUAGUCAUGGAUAAUAAUGGUGUUUUCAAGUUCGAUAUUGAUGUCGAUAACAACGAGCUUGAAGCUGUGGCGUCGGAGUCGGUGAGUGUUACGUGGAAUGUGGUGUUGAAAGGGUGGAGAGGGGUAUUUAAUAUGAUGGAAUCAUGCAAAGGGAAGAGAGGGGUCGACGACUGUUGGUUCUCGGAGGAGCUGCCUUAG